AAUAGCAUAAGAAAAGGCUUGAAUUGAUAAUUUCCCAAACUAUCUGCCGCUAACCAGAGUCGGUGUUUGGGAGCGCAAGCGCAAGCGCAAGCGCGGUGAGUGGGAGUGAGAGAGAACGACAGAUCCAUCGCGAGCCAAACAGAAAGCGACCGGAUCGCCUCGCCGGGCUCAAUCUUUGCUCCGCGAUGGAGUAUAGAAGGAUCAAAGACCAGGAUGAUGAUGAUGGUAAACCUCACACCGAUCUGGAGAGCCAAUAUGGGAAGCCUUUCUCUGGAAUUGAUAAUGUGCUUAACUCUGGAGCUGUCUCUAUCAAGAAACCUAAUUGGAAGCUAAAGUCAGUUGUGACGCUUGCAUUGACAUUGCUUACCAGCUCGCAAGCAAUACUCAUUGUGUGGUCUAAACGAGCUGGAAAGUAUGAUUACAGUGUAACAACAGCCAAUUUCUCAGUGGAGGCUUUAAAAUGUGUCUUCUCACUUGUAUCACUGCUUAGAAUCUGGAAAAGUGAAGGGGUUACAGCUGACAAUAAGUUAGCAACAACUUUUGAUGAAGUCAGUGUUUAUCCAAUCCCUGCACUGCUAUACCUUGUUAAAAAUUUACUGCAGUAUUACAUCUUUGCAUAUGUGGAUGCUCCUGCUUACCAGAUAUUGAAGAACCUGAAUAUCAUCAGCACUGGUGUUUUGUACCGCAUUAUUUUGAAGAAGAAGUUAAGUGAAAUUCAGUGGGCAGCUUUUAUUUUGUUAUGUGCAGGAUGCACAACAGCUCAAUUGAACUCCAAUUCUGACCGGGUUCUUCAAACUCCUUUUCAGGGUUGGCUGAUGGCCAUUGUCAUGGCUCUUCUAAGUGGCUUUGCUGGAGUGUACACAGAGGCUAUCAUCAAGAAACGCCCUUCAAGAAAUAUCCAUGUGCAGAAUUUUUGGUUGUACAUAUUUGGGAUGAUUUUUAACAUAAUUGCAAUAUUCGUCCAAGACUACAAUGAAGUUAUGAACAAAGGAUUCUUUCAUGGCUACUCCUUCAUUACAGUUUGUAUGAUUCUGAACCACGCACUCAGUGGUAUUGCAGUUUCGAUGGUUAUGAAAUAUGCCGAUAACAUUGUGAAGGUAUAUUCCACUUCAGUUGCAAUGCUUUUAACGGCCAUUGUGUCGGUGUUCCUUUUCAGCUUCCAUCUGUCACUCGCCUUCUUUCUCGGCUCCACGGUUGUUUCUGUCUCUGUGUACUUGCACUCAAUCGGAAAACUACAACCACAAAAGUGAAGCUUUUUGCUGGGAGUUUAGAAGUUGAAACAAGCUCCAUCUUCCAAGUGUGGUGCAUCAGAACUUGAAUGUCACAUUCUUGUAAGAAACAAAAUGGUAGUAAGAAUUGUUGACAAAAUCUGGAAAUGAAGCAUUGCAUGAACUUACCGAUCUAUAUUGGAGAGAAGUCACUGAGCAGUGACAACUUUUUUUUAUUAUUA